UGUUCUAAUACGCGCUAUUUCCUCUAAUUGUACCAUUUAAACGUUUAAAUAGAACUAGCGGCCAAUAGAACAGCAACGAGCUGUCAUCGUUUACAUUGUCACAUAUAUGUUAACCAAUCAGCGUCAGGAACGCUGAAUCCUCAGUGUUUUGCUCUGUGACUGAAUACGCGUGAGUCUUUCGCCCUUGCAGGUGACCAAUGAGAAGGUAGAAACAUUUGUGCUUGACCAAUCACCGCUCGCCUUGCCACAGCGCGCGGCUGGUUUGAUUGCUGUGUCUGAGAAGGAAGAUGGCGGCGAGUUGAAUGAUGACGCUGUGAUUGGAUCCUAUGGGUCUCCCGUGAGUCCAGUGUGCGGGCCACUGGCCAUUACGCAGUUGACAUGUCUCCUUCGCACAAUGUUGUGCUGUUGGUGGACACUGCGGAGUCUUCAGACAAGAGCCGGCUCAGGCGGGUGUCGCUCAGGCUGCUUAAUUUCCUAGCAUGCCGUGCGGGCCUGGGUCAGGUCAGGUGGAGUUACCGCUUUCUAAACUCUUUGGGUGGUCGCUGCCGGCCUCCACGUCGCUCCGAUUUGCGACAACUUGGCCCGCGAGGUUGGGAAGAGUUUGAAGAUGAGCUGGAGUCAUGCUGGGAGCGGGCGCAGAACUGCCGGUCAUCCAGUACCAAGAGCUCGAGAGCACAGCUGAUCCAGACUGCCCUCAUGGAGACAUUAGCAGAUUUCCAGUGGGAUCGGCCGGACAUUACUUCUCCGACUAAACCCAAUCUGCUGAGAAGUCGCAGGGGGCGAAUUGUCGCGGCGGACGAACCCCUGAAGGCCGAGCCUCCAGAUAUUAGUAAUCGGAACUGCAGAAACACCAUAUUCCUAUUGUCGCCUUGUCCCCACUCCCGCACCGAGCUCGGGCAAUUUGCAGCGAAAAGUGGCGACUUUGAAGCCCAGAAAGUGAUGGACAAGCUCCUGCCCAAGAGCCUGCAGAAGAUUGUCAUCAGCAAGAGAGUCCGUGUGUAUUGGCUGGACUGCUCGGAUUGGACAGAGUUUGGGAGUUCCUCUGAUCAUUCUGGUUAUUGGACAAUGGUGGAGUUGAUGCAUCUAGUAGAAGGAAGAAUUUUGCCAUCAGAAUCUAUACUAGGGUCUUCCUGCCAAAAAGCCAAGACACUUCCUUCAUUCUCCGUAUCACCAAUAAAUAUCCCUUUCGAGUCUGUUUUGAAUUAUUUAAUCUUCAGUGAAGCGGACUACCAGUUAUGGUUUCCUCGGCGUGAUGGCAUAUUAUUCUUCACUGGAAAGGAUGGGACACAACAGUGGAAUUGUGCUGUUUCUUUAGAUCCUGUUUCAGUGAGUCGGAAACUGUCAACAAGUUUAAUGACCAUUGAAUUAAAAGGAACUGUGCAAAACUGCAACCUGCACCAAGCAGGUUUAAGAUUGGAGACCUGGCUGCUUCAUAAUUCAGAUUGUGUCCAGCUUCAGAAAUUGGCAAAGGAACUCAUGUUAAAAGAGCUACAUAUGAUUGCAACUGUAACCUUAGAGGAUAAUGUGUUGCCCAGGACUGGAAUACUCUCCCCACUUUCAGAAACCGCUACAGUGCUUAAUGUGAUAUGUAGUGAAAGAACUCUGGGACUAGAUAGACUGCAUGGACAAUGCUCAGCUAAUGAAACCGAUAAGCAAACCUUCUCUGACCUGCCAGAUAUUGUAAUGAGUGUACUAAAUCAUGUAUACAGCUCUGAAGAUAACACAUUAGCACUUGAUUUUUCAGUUCCAGAGUGGAUUAAACAAGAACUGUCCCAAAGCAGUAAGUGGACGUCUUCUGUCACUGAAAGAUGGUACCCUUUAUCUGGAGUCUCUGGUGCUAGCUGCAACCUAAUGGAAUCUUUCAGCUUAAUAAAUGCUGCAUCUUCUAACUGUGACGAACACCUAAAGUUUGACCAAGAGCUAACCAAUCAUUUGUCUGAGUUUUAUCAGAAAAAGUCUGUUGAAGGCGCUGGACUUGGAGUACAUGGAGAAAACCAAAAGAAACGUGGUCUCCCUCGUACUCCAGUGAGACAAAAGAUGAAAACCAUGCCUCGGGCCCUACAAAUGCUAAAUGCUGCCAGGUUAAAUGUAAAGGUUAAGAAGGCACAACCCGAUAGUAUUUUGCCAGUACCUAAUGAGAAGAAUUCACAGAUGAAGAGAAGGUCAUCGGGAAAGCAGGACGACAAACAAAAGCAAUUGAAGUCUACUGGGUUUAAGUCUGAACAUGAUCUGGCUUCCUACAUAAAAGAAAACUAUGAAAAAGCUGUGUCUUUAAUAGAUGAUUCAACAAUGACAUGGGCCAGGGAUACGUUGGCAACCAUAAAAUCUUACAUGAAAACCAUUGGCAGCGAGCAGAUUGAGACUGAUGCUAUGGAUAAAGCCAGACUUCUCUUCAAGACCAGCAAAGUUAUCAGGCAAAGUUAUGGAAAUAACCAGGACAAAGAAGUUAAACUUAAAGAAUGCCAGUUGCAAGUAUUUUUGAGACUAGAGUUGUUUGUGCAAUGUCCAGUAAUACAAACAGACACCGAUGAACUGGAGCUGAUUGUUGAAGAGAUUGCAGAUAUACUACGCAUUGUAUCUUUAACCGAAGAUCCAUUGUUUCUAACAAAGUUUCUGGAAGAACAUGUCCUUACACAAUACAUUGCAUCUGUACCAAAAAUCCUGGCAGACAUAUACUUCAGCCUUGGAAGUCAGAUCCCUGAAGAACUUGCUGUGGUUCUUCCUUCUGACGGUGAUGACUCCAUAAUGAAUGAAGAGAAAUCUGUAAAGUCUCAGCCAUCCAUCUCCAGAGUCCCAAGUGUGGCUCCAAUAGGUGCAGAGACGGAUCAACUUGAGGAUCUACGUACCCGAUCUGCUAAAAAAAGAAGGUCAACUGCCUUGGCAAGGCACAGGAGUGUAGCAGAAAGCUCUCAAGGUUUCCGUCAGAUUGAAAUGCCAAAGAAACAACUGAAUAAAGAAAACUUGAAAUCCAAAGCUAUUGUAGUAAUUGAAAAUGUACCUCUCCCAGCUCAACCACAGAAAGAUGCUGAAGCAAAAGUAAGAAGAAACUUGUUUGUUCAAGAGCCCCGUUCACCAAACAAAACAAAAAGAUGCAGUAAAAUGCCAAGAAGCCAGUCUGUAUCUGCAGUAGAGGGUCUGAAGCGGAAACGCAGCAAAUCUCAUGAUAGCUCUAAAGAUCACUACAAGUUGUUGACGAAAAAAGUAUCUGAGACCCCUCUUCACAAACAGACUGCAAACAGGCUUCUUCAAAGGCAGAUCAAAGGACGGCCUUCUGAGUCAAACUCCAACAUCAGCAUUGUUGAAGAAUCUCCAGCAAAAGAAAUCAGAGAUAUUGAUUUACGAAGAAGCCCACGCAUUAAGCAGCUAUCUUUAACAAGGAGGAACUCCUCGACUUUUUAUGCUUCCCAGCCCAAAUCCCGUAAUCUGGAAAGGGUGAAUUCUGCAACACGGUCUCAAUUGUCUAGAGAUCAAACAGGCAAUUCCUCCAUUUCUGAGGUCAAAACACCUAAAAGGCUCCUUUUUGGGGAAGUCUUCGAUAUGAUUAGUCCUCCAACAACCAAAAGAUCUAGAAGAAUUCUGGACACUAUUAAUCCUGUUUAUAAGACUCCAGGAAAAACUCCUAGGAAAACUCCAAGCAAAAACAUUCCUAAUUUAAAAGACCAGCCAGAAAAGAUUCACACUAAAUCCCCUUGCUCACCACGUACACCACAUACUCCAGCCAGAACACCCAAAAGGUUAAAAACCCCUUCCAAAGGUUCUUCAGAAAGGAAAAAAGCUGCUAAAAACCUAGGGAAAUUAUUCUCUCCAUCUAAAACAGAGGAGAAAUCUCCUUUGAAUCUUUUGGGAAGGAGAAGUAAGAGACUAGCACAAAGGACUCCUGAAAAAGAUGGUUCACCAAACAAGCAAUCUAUUUGCCAAACUUUACUGGAAGUAAAAACGCCUCAAAAGUUGCAAAGACUGGAAAGUAAGGAUUUCAGAUCACCUUCAAGGACUCCUAAGAGAAGUAAUAGCACUACUCCUACAAAACAAAGUAUGCAGAUCUCAAACACCCCAAGGAAAUCCGAUCCUAAACACCCCCAAGAGUGUGAAUCUCCUGGACGAUCAGGAUAUAACCUUCAGACACCACAGAAGCAUAUUUUGGCUUCUGUUCCCAAUACACCUAUUCUGCAGACACCACAGAAACCUAUUUUGGCUUCAGUUCCGAGAACACCUGUGUGUCACACCCCACAGAAGUCUAUGUGGCCUUCUGUUACUAAUACACCUGUCUGUCAGACACCACAGAAAGCAAUUUUGACUUCUGUUAUGAGUACACCUGUUUUUCAGACACCGCAGAAACCUAUUUUGGCUUCUGUUCCAAAUACACCUAUCCUUAAAACACCACAGAGAUCUGCUUUGACUUCUGUUUCUCAUACACCAUCACCAAAAACAUACAUUAUGAAGGAACUAAAUGUUGCAUUAACUCGUAUGCGACAAUGCACUCCUGAAAAAGUCCUUGGUUCAGAUUUAUCAUCAUCAGUUACUUCCUCAUCUGCACUCAAGUCCUUUUGUUCAGAAAAAGCAACAUCCAUUUGUCAGAAACCCAAGAAAUCAUCUAUUGCAUUGAUAAAUCAUUGUUAUUUGCAAGAGUCUGGUGCACCUGCACCUCUGACAGAUUCACUUCAGAAUAAUAAUGAUGGUACAAAAGCAGAGACUACUUACACUGUGCCUGCACAUAUUCCUACGCAAAUGCAGAAUGUCAUAUUUGCUGGCGAGUGUACUGAUUCUCUUUCUCCGACGUUUGUUUCAUCAUCAAGUAUUCCUUUUAAAGAUAAAAGUUUGUCACCUGAUCUGGAAGAUGCUUUAUCCGAUGUUACAUCAUCAAAAGCUGAAGAGGUUACUAUAGUAAGUGAAAAACUUGACUCCUCUUCUUUGGACAGCCAGGGAGCUACAGAUUCUUUUAUUAACAGUUCCCAAACAGAGGAAAGUAUUGAUAUUUCAGAAGCUCGAGUUGUGUCAACAGAAGCAUCUGAGCUGAAGAUGAAAGUCCUCAUUACACGAAAACCUUCUGGCUCAGGCCUAAGUUAUCUGCCAACCACUCCAAAGUCUUUGGGAAAUGUGUUUUCGACCUCAACAUAUGGUUUACGAUGCACUCCCGACAGAAGACAGAGAGAAGCUGCUGCACGACUUGGAACUCCCGAGAUUCCUGCAAAGUUCUCAACGCCAAAGAGUCAUCUCAAAAUGAUUCCUCAGUCAACGUAUGAAGUUGAGCUUGAAAUGCAGGAGUCUGGUUUGCCGAAACUUCGAUUCAAGCGAACAGACUCAAAUUCAACAAUUGAUAUGGAUUUUAACAAAACACCAAAGAUUUCCAGGAAAAGAAAAGGGAAUGAAAGUCCUUUUAAUGAGAAGUGGUGUAGCAAACAUGUAGUAAGGACUGAAUCUGCUUGUGUUUCCCCUUCCUGUGUGCGGACUUCUCAUUAUACACCAGGGAAAAGUGGAAUCCAAACUUUUAUUUGUCAGUCUUACACACCUAACAGAUGUGCUUCGGCUGCUGCUUCUCCAUCCCAGUCACAUACAGGAGUUCCUUGGACACCAUCUCCAAAACAUAAAGAAAAACUUAGCACAGAUGUCAUUAAUAGCUGGCCUAGGAAGAAAAAAGCAACAGCUCUAUGUUCAAAUCUUUUAAAAUGUGAUAAGAUUCCAGAAUAUCCAGAAGAAGAUGGAGGUGAUUUUGAGCUUGAAGGAGUCUCUAAACUUUUGGAGAAGUCUCCAGUUAUUGGACAGCAACGUAAAGUUGAUGGAGGGACGUUUGGACUUGGGUCUCGCAAGCGAGUUUUCAGUCUUGUGUCCCCCACCAAGGAAACAACAAAUCAUGUCAAAAGACUGUGUACGUUUAAUAGACAUGAGGAUAGCAGCAUGGUCACACACCAAACCAAAGAAGAAAUGGAAAUCUUCUCUUCAGACCAAAGUCUGUCCUCUUAUUUAAACUCUUCACAACAAAGCAUCUGUGAUGAUGUUUUUAAUAUGACAGCCUGCUGCUAUUCUGUUUCCGCAGAGCCUUGUCUUGCCUGCCUCUUCCCUCCUGUCAAAUUUUGCAAGAAAGUAACCAAUUACUUUUUCUUUUUACAGUUUUUACAGCUUGUUAAAUAUGAUGUCUUUUCAUUCAUAUAUUGUUUUUCAUUUCUAGGUUUUACCCCACCCAGCAAGGUACUGAAAAAUCCUUUAUCUGCCAGUGGUCUUCUGUCCCUUACUCAAUCUCCUUUGUUAUAUAAAGGAAAAACUCCCUCAUCCAAGAGAAAAAAAACAAUUCAAGAUGUGUUUUCUGAUGUUGACAGUGACCAAGGAACACCGACACGGAAAAGACAAGUAAAUCCAGCAGCUGUUUCCGAUGACUCUCCCCUCGGCAAAGCCAAUGUAUUGAGUUCUAUCGGCAAAACACCUAGCCGGAAAAAGCUCAUUACAUAAUGUGUGGGCUUAGUUGCUGCUUAUAGGCUCUUUAUGAAGUUUACAUUUCUUGCCACUUGCAAUGACAUGAAGUCCAUGGUGAGUCCUGUAUUGAGCAACCGUGCAUUAAAAUAGCCAAAGAUUUUCACACACAAGUAAGGAAGCUUGUGUGUGAUAAUGCAUAAAAUGAAUGAAUUUGCUUCUCGGGUCUCUAUGGUUUUCAUCAUCCUUGGGCUUUUGCUGAUUAAGCCUGUUUCUUGUAAAUGAUUGUAAAUAUCUAAAUGUUUUUUCCCAUAGUGUAUAUUUAAAUUAAACUUGUUUUUUAUACGGAUCUGUAUUUUUCAGUUUCCAAAGAGAAAUGCAGACCUAUGUAUAUAUGAUGCAGAUAUGAAAAUAUUUUAUUGGGCAAUUCUGUAAUAAUAAACAGUCAUUUGAAUAGA